AUGCUGUCUUCACCACCACCUCCAGCGCCGCCGCCGCAUCGAACCCCUCGAGAUGAUGAACACGAUCAUACACAAUAUUCUCUGGAUUUGGAUGCUUUGAACCUCGAUGACGAACCUAGUGGACUCGACUCGCCCAGUGUGCAUCGCAUUGUUGAUAAGAUCCACAGCGAUGAUAUUGAUGGACCUACUGACUUCACUCUGAACCUGGCCAAGUAUUUCAAGGGAACGCCUAGGAAGCAACCACUACCAGUUUGGGAAGAGCAGCAAGACUUCAAUGAGGCUUCUGAUUUGAUGACGAACUCGUCCAUCAAUGGUUCUCCCAGACAUGAUCGUACUACCCAGAGUGAACCCGGUGCCGACGACUCCACUCCUCGACCUGAUCAAGCCGAGUUUGAAGAUCCAAGAAAGAACUUGCUACAACCCACCGUCGAGGAUUAUUAUUCCGAGCUCACACCUGGUCGCCCUGCUUCCAUUCAACUCCCUUCUGAACCCGCUCAAAGACGAUCAUACUCGACAUCGCGAUUGCGCCAAUCCCAGAAUCAGAGACCUUCGAGUCCUCCUACCAUCUCAUCAAUACGAUCGCCCAUGCAGAACUUCGACAGUACGCCUAAUCAAAAGCCGCACAGUCUAUACCAGGAAUUGCAAAAGUUGCGUGAGAUCAACGAACAACUACAAACACAACUCGACAAUGAGCGCGCGACACGUCAAUACCAGCGAUCAGACCGAUCAUACAGCAGAGGUCGCUCUGAGGAUGGGAACGAGGUGGAGUCAUUGAGGAAUGAUCUGGAUCGUAUGCGCGAGGAAUCGCAAGACUACCAACAACGACUGCAAGAACUCCAAUCCGACUUAGACCAAUCCAAAGAUGCCGAGAAGGAUGCAUUAAAGCUUGCAGAUGAUCGCGCAAAAGAGUUGGACCAAAUGCAUGAUAGUGAGGAUGCCGAGAUACACAACCUUCACGUUCAACUUGGUCAAGCUCGUGAUGCUGAACGCCAGACACACAAUGCGCUUGACAAAGUCAAGGAUGAACUGAAGACGAAAGAUGGUCUCCUUGCCGAGUUGCGCGGUCAGUUGAAGCAAUCGCAGGAUAACCUCCGUGAGACUGAGAAUGACAUGCAAGACUUGAAGACUUGGAAUGAUGAUCAGCGCAAAGCCAAAAGCGAUGAGUUGCAGAGAGUGCAGCAGGAGUUGUCUGAUGCAAGGAAAGAAGCUCAGCAAGCAAAGGAUGAUCAGGAUGAAGAUGUUGCUGUCAACCAUUCAAAGGUCGAUGUAGAUGCUGGACCUGCUGCAUCUGAAAGGGUGGAAGAACUCGAAAGACAGAUUGCGAGCCUCCAAACGCAACUCGAAAAUAUGCGCAAGGCAGUGGAAAUCAAGGACAAGCUGAUUGCAGACCUCAAGACUCAGAUCAAGGAUGACUUGUCGAGUGAGAACUUGAAGACUCAAUUGCAACAGGCUCAAGACGCGCUCGCAGCAAAGGAGAAGGCUGUCCAAUCUGCUCACGAAGAUGCCGAUACCAAGGCGGCAGACAUGACACGAGGACUCGCGCAACAAUUGCAACAAGCAAAUCAACGACUUGCAGCUUAUGAGAGUGAAAAGGAGACCACCAAGGCAGAUUCCACAUUGACUCAACUCGAGGCACAGCUGCAGAAGGCGAGAGACGAACUUAAUUCAGUCCUUCAGCGACACACAUCCGAUAAAGAGGCUUGGGCAAAGGCAGACAGCGAAGCCCAACAAUCUCAAGCCAGUGUCUACGAUCAACUGAAGAAGGAGCAAGAGGCCCGAAGAAAUGCAAUCGAAGAAGCAAGGUCUUUACGCGAAGAGCUAGACAUGCUCCAGCACUUCAACCGCAUGGAAGACAAGCGAUCCCCUCCACCCAAGGAUCAAUCAGCCCAAUACCUCGCAGAUUACCUCCGCAAAGAUCUCCAAGCAUUGCGAGCACAACUCGAAUCUCAGCAGAAACAACACCACGAAGAGAUAGAGCGACUCCGUGAAUCUUGGACCUCUCCAUCUUCACAGUCCGACUCUUCGUCAUUGCAAGCAGUACGAGCAGAACACCGACGCACAAUCGAUCUUGUCGAGGAAGGAAUGGCUAGCCUCCGCACUUCCCGCGAUACACUCUCCCUUCGCGUCAAUGAGCUUGAGGACAAUCUCGCAACCACGACCUCCGACCUUCAAACAACACAAAACUCACUCACUCUCAUGGAAGCCGAUCUCGCCGCAAAGACAACAGAGCUCGAAGACUUGACUUCCGCAAAAACCACUUUGGAGAGUACUCUGCAAGAAACGACUGAGAAGCUCGAAGAAACAACACAAGAACUUUCAGAUCUCCACGCACUGAACCUCGAUUUCGACACCAAACUAUCUUCUACACUUAAAAAGAGAGAAGAUUCAUGGCGUGCCAAAUUGAAGCUAUUGAAAUCCGAGCUUGCCACAAAGGACAUGCAAAUUUCGAAAUUGGAAGAGGAGAGAAAGGGCAUGGUAAAAGCUUUGAUGGGAUUCUGGGGACGAGAGGAAUUUGGUGGUGAUGAUGGGUUUGAUUUUGUGGUUGAUGUGGAGAGGGAGAAUGGGAAAGGAGAGGAGAAGAGUCAGAAGUUUAGGUAUAGGUUUGCUAAGAGCUGA